AGAAAAUAUUUGGCUCUGAUGAAAAACAAUGAUCCUUCGAUGAUCUGCAUCACCUUAAUUGUCGGCGCAGUAACAGUCGCCCUUCCGUUAUGCCUCAUGUAUGUGUGCAAACGUAGUUCCGAAAAGAGAAUUCAAGUCAAUCCAGAAAAGAUUAACAGUUCACAUUGUGGUUGUCAUAGAUCCAAUGAAACUUCGGCCACUGUAACAAGGUCAACUUCGAGCGUUAGAGUUGGUUCAAAAUAUAACGAAUGGAGAGAGCCAGUUUUUGAAAUUGGACUUGGAGACGUAGGCAUCAGUGAAUACUUCACAGAAAAAGGUCUGCAUGUAAAUCACACUGAUUGGCGGGAUAGCUGUAGUAUUAUGGGAAAUGUUAUCAGAGUCAUAGCACGUGAAAUGAAAAAAGCAGCCAACAUCUAUUUUCCAGGACUUGUUUUAGACGACACGUUUAUAAAGCAAGGUAGCUCAAGAGAGGGUUUAAAGGUAUGUGACCCAUUGGAAUUUGAUUUUAUUUUGCCAUUUCGCAUUGAAGGUUUAAGGACUCAGAGAGAGAAUGUUUUUGAUUGUUAUGGUAAUGUACUACCUGGCCUUUUCAAAGAGAAAAUCAUCAAUGAUUAUGAUGCUCCACCAUGGAUGAGAAAACAUAGUCUACUUGAGGAUGACUUUGGGGGAAAAUAUAUUAACACGAAUAACCUUCAGAAGAAAGUUUUCACAUCUCUUUUGGACCAAUCAAGGGACGAAAUUAACAAACAGUUGCAGAGAAUUUCAACUGGGAAUGAAAGUUACCGACUUGUUCGUAGUGUAUACGCCCCUAACUUAAAAAUUACAAUAAAGGUACAGAGUGAACGUGGAUUGAAAGGAUUAGCUAAAAUAAAACUUGAAUCAUUUCAAGGUUUAUGGAUUAUAGAGUUAGAAGCUGACCUGGUUCCCGCUCUUUGCCUGUCGUCUGACACAGUACCGGAUCCAUACACUGUCCAUGAUUUUCAUCUGUGCUUCCAGCAUCAUCCAACAUCCUAUAGACAGAUGCCCUGUGAAAGAUACGGAGUCAUGAAAUGGAUCAAUGAAAGUAACGAUUCCAUUCCAUUAGACCCAUUGCAAAGUAGAGAAGUACUAUGGAGAAUUUCAACUUGUGGAUAUGAAAAGCACAUUUUAGAUGUAGCUCGCAGAAACCAAAGCCAGCGGUACAUUUUGACUGCCUGUAGGCUACUGAAGGGUGCUUUAUACAAUUUCAAUCGCAAAUCACGUGGCGACUCUCAGCUAGAUAGUGUAAUAAAAUCCUACCAUCUUAAAAAUAUUUGUUUAUACUGCAUCCUAUUCCUGACGAUACCAAGCAAAGAAAAUAAACUUAGUGGAGUUAGAGAGGCGUUGGGAUACUUCAUUAAAUAUCUUCAACUUAGUCUUAAAGCAGAAUUCCUACCACAUUUCUUUUAUGGAAAUCCCCACAUUGUACUGAUGUUUCCUGAGAGUUCAUUCGAAAAAAAGAAGUAUGACCUCUUUUCAUUCAAAGAUCCGGAGACUUUGCGCCAAGCACGACUGAUUUUGCCAAAGUUCUUGCAGACAUUGAGAGGUCUUUACUACGAAGGGUGUAUGUUGGAUUUUGAUAAAGUCAAGUUAUUCGAAGAUAUGUUGGAAACACAUGAUUAACGUUACAUAUAGUUUUUGUAAAUUUGCGCCAAUUCACGAUUCAAAUGCUUUAUGAUAUAUGUCUAUGAACCAGGCUGUUUUUUAUUUGCCAUGCUGCUAUUUUUAUGGAGAAAGAGUAAUCUGCGAUCUGGUCUAAAAUUUUAUAAAUUGAAAUCUAAAGUUUAUUACUCAAUUUGUAAGUAAUGCAAGCAUUUUUAACAUUUGUACAGUCCAGGAUAAAUAAACUGAACACUUUGUUUGCUGAAGUAAACAACAGUGAUUUCCGUUCAUUAAAUUCUUCAACAUCUUUAAUUUUUUUUUCUGGGGAUAAAUGCCACGUACCCUAUGUUGCGAAUGAAAUAAACAAGCUCAUUAUUUAU